GCUCUACAGGACUUUCAAGGACAGCAAGUACCUGUACAUGCUGAUGGAAGCCUGUCUAGGUGGAGAGCUCUGGACGAUUCUCAGGGACCGAGGUUCGUUUGAGGAUUCAACGACCAGGUUUUACACAGCAUGCGUGGUCGAAGCUUUUGCCUAUUUGCAUUCCAAAGGGAUCAUUUAUCGGGACCUCAAGCCAGAAAACCUCAUUCUGGAUCACCGAGGUUAUGCCAAACUGGUCGAUUUUGGCUUUGCAAAGAAAAUAGGAUUUGGAAAGAAAACAUGGACUUUUUGUGGAACCCCGGAGUACGUAGCCCCCGAGAUCAUCCUGAAUAAAGGUCACGACAUUUCGGCAGACUACUGGUCACUGGGAAUCUUAAUGUAUGAACUCCUGACUGGCAGUCCCCCUUUCUCAGGCCCAGACCCCAUGAAGACCUACAACAUCAUAUUAAGGGGAAUAGACAUGAUUGAAUUUCCAAAGAAGAUUGCCAAAAAUGCUGCUAAUUUAAUUAAGAAACUAUGCAGGGACAAUCCAUCAGAAAGAUUAGGGAACUUGAAAAACGGAGUGAAAGAUAUCCAAAAGCACAAAUGGUUUGAAGGCUUUAACUGGGAAGGGUUACGGAAAGGGACACUGACACCUCCUAUAAUACCAAGUGUUGCAUCUCCAACAGACACAAGCAAUUUUGACAGCUUCCCGGAGGACAGUGAUGAACCACCCCCUGACGACAACUCAGGAUGGGACAUAGAUUUUUAAUGUAUUUCUCUUACCUGCUUCUGCCUUGCUGAAGACAGCUUCCUGGGACAUGGCUGCCAGCGAAACCGAAAGAAUUGGGGAGGAUUAGCGCUCGGGGUCACCAUGAUGCCUUGAUUGAUGCUGCUACAGUAACUACAGUGGCAUUAGGACUUAUUGCUUAGAUGACAAUAGUGCUCUUCAUGUUUUAUGUUCGAACUUAAAAUAGCAGUUGACAUGGUGGUCCUGACGCAAAGCCUUUCACCAGUAAAGAAAUAUGUUUUCUAUCACUGCGACGAUCUUGCUACACUCUUAAUUA